CUCAAAUCAAAUUCCAUUUCCAACUGUAAUACCUCAUCUUUCCAACAUCUUUUUGAAAAAUUGAUACUUGAUAAUUAUCUCUUAGGUGGGUCAAUCCAACCAACGGUAAUGAUUUAGUUAGUAGAGCAACUAGCUAUAGUCAUACUAUAAACACUAUUUAUAUGGGUGUGCACUCUAUGGUUGAAAACCCACUUGAUUUCUAACAUACAGAUGAGAUGGUGAUUUAGCAUGUCUAGUCAAUUAUACAUGCAUGCUUAGAGCGAUCUAUAUAUAUAUUUGAAGCUUGGGAUUGCAAUUUCUCAUUCACUAAAGUACACUGCCCCUAAGAUAAUCAUCGCACCUAAUCCAUGGAUUCAAAUUUCAAUCCUACUCCUUCAAAUGCACAUCCCGAGAGUAUGGAUUUUCUUUCAAGUGCAUGGUGCAACUUUGCUGUAGAAGCCCUUCAUCCAGAGCUAGAAGACCGAUCGUCAAUCAUGAUCCUUGAUAACUCUAUCAAUAAGCAGUUCGAGAGCAACACCAAAGUUCCUUUCAUGAAGAUGGACAAAAGUGUUAAGAUGGAUGAUGCAGAUUUCAAGUCUCAACCACCUUGGAAAUCCAAUGAUGUGGAGUCAUGGAUAUGGAUGCAGCAAGCAAUGCACCCGGAAUUAAACUACCACAGCUAUUUCCAAAAGAAAUGGAUGCCAUGGAAGAUUACUCCAUUCAAGAAUAUUAUCUCAAUCAAGAAAUGGUUGAAAGAAAUAAAACAAAGGCGAAAAGAAGAAGGGAGGCUACAAAGAGCUGAAGUGCAUGCGGCAAUAUCAGUGGCAGGCGUUGCAGCUGCACUGGCUGCCAUUGCUGCUGAAAACUCUAAAAAGGACGAGUACUCAAGCACCGCCAAGGAGGCUGCUGUAGCCUCUGCUGCUGCUUUGGUUGCAGCCCAGUGCGCAAAAGUCGCAGAAGCAAUGGGAGCAAAGAGGGAGCAGUUGAGCAAUGUAAUAGGCUCAGCCAUGAGUGGUACAAAUGCAAGUGACAUCUUAACACUUACAGCUGCAGCUGCAACAUCACUAAAAGGUGCAUCUACACUUAAAGCAAGAUCAGGAUGCAAAAACAGAUUAAAUGGGAGUGCGCCUAUUCUGCCCAUUGAGGACAAUAAUGAUUUGGACUUCAAUUUCGAGAAGCAUAGAACAAUCCUGGCAAAGGGUACCGAGCUCAGUGUCGAAACACCAGAUGGGAAUUACACUGUGAGAACAGUGUCAGUCACACUGAACAACGAGGCCAAGGUUAUGCUUAAGAUAAGGAAGCUCAAUCUGUUGAGAAGUAAGAAGGAAAGUAUCGUGCUGGACCUGCACGCUGAGCUGUAUAAAGAUUCAGAAACCGAAGACAGCAAUACAUGUUAUCUCAUCGUUUUGACAACAAGUAGGGGGACAUUCAAGCUAGACAUGGCGGAUGAUUAUCAGCGUUACAAGACAUGGGCCACCACCAUCAAUCAUAUGCUCAUGCUCUCUACUUCAUUCACUAAAUAUGAGCUUCAAUAUUACAAAACCUGAUUAACGUUACUCUACAUUUCUCUUGUGGUACCUUGUGUACUUCGAUAUUUGUGUAAUUAUUAUAAAUUAUAAC